ACUUGCGUUCCUGAAAUGAUCUUAUCAGUCAAGCAUCCCCACCGCCUCGCUAGUGUUCUUCAAGGGGUAAAGCAAAAUUCAAGGGGUAAAGCAAAUCGCGAGCGAUCGGAGGUUCAGUUCAUGGCCGGCACCGGCAUUUGGAGCCCGUUCGCCCUUAAGUGUGCUCCGGCAGCGGUGGCUAUUCCGGCGUCGACGCGCCUCUCUUCUGUCGCCCCCACCUUCGCCCUGCAUUGGAAAUCCCCCAUUUCAAGGAGCAGAUUGAACCAGAAAACUUCCCCAUCUCCGUUCCGAACCCACGCGGUGGUCGACGAUGACGAGUGGGGAAAGGAGGCAGGGGCGACCGUGGAGGAUCCCCCGGCGGAGGUCCCGGUUGUGCUGAGCGAGGUGGGCAAGCUGAAGCAGAAGCUUAAGGAUCUGCUCUACGGCACGGAUCGGGGUCUGAAGGCGUCGAGCGAGACGAGGGCGGAGAUCGUGGAGCUCAUAACGCAGCUGGAGGCCCAAAACCCUACCCCAGCUCCCACCGACGCCCUCGCCCUUCUCAACGGCAAAUGGAUCCUCGCGUUUACUACGUUCUCGGGAUUGUUCCCGUUGCUGGGGUCGGGGCAGCUGCCGGAGCUGGUGAAGGUAGAAGAGAUAUCACAGACCAUUGAUUCGGAGACCUUUACGGUGCAGAAUUCGGUGAAGAUUUCGGGUCCGCUGGUGACUACCUCCGUCAUCACCACGGCCAAGUUCGAAGUUCGAAGCCCCAAGAGAGUUCAGAUUAAGUUCGAGGAAGGUAUUAUCGGAACCCCGCAGCUGACAGAUGACAUCGUAUUACCGGACAAGGUAGAGUUCUUGGGGCAGAGCAUCGACCUCUCUCCGUUCAACGGCGUCAUCAGUUCUAUUCAGAGUGCAGCAUCCUCCGUGGCCCGAUCGAUCUCCGGACAACCUCCUCUGAAAAUUCCGAUAAGCAACACAAAUGCCCAGUCUUGGUUGCUAACUACCUACCUUGACGAGGAGCUAAGAAUCUCCAGAGGCGACGCCGGCAGUAUCUUCGUGCUCACAAAGGAAACCAGCUCACCGGCGGCGGAAUGAUUUUGAGAUCCUUGUGCUCGUACAUCGGUGGUAGGUAACUGUAUUUAAUGGUGCACGAAUGACUGUUGGAACUUCAUAAUGUGCGAACAAUAUGCUCUGCUUUUCUUUAUACAAAUCACAGAACAUUCGUAGUGCAAAUCAAACUACUUGUUCUAUUAACCAACGAUGAUAAUAGAUUAUAGUAAUAACAUUCAAGGCCCUGGGUUGCCUUGUUGAAGGCUAACCAGAUUAUAGUA